AAAAGAUGUCUCAAAUACUCAUGUUAUUGGUCACCAUUAGCAUCCUCUCUCUAUCGUCAUCUCCUUCUCUCGCCGCCGAAUUUCAGGGCACCGGAAAUGCCAUGUCGCGGUCAAAUGUAUGUCGAUUCGCGCCGGAUCCAUCGUAUUGUAGAUCGGUUCUACCAAACCAGCCUGGAGAUAUAUACUCCUACGGCCGCUUCUCACUCCGACGGUCCCUCUCACGUGCCACCCGGUUCAUGUCGCUGAUUGACGAUCAACUAAACCGGAAAGGCAAAGUGGCUGCGAAAGCCACAUUAGGGGCACUCGAAGACUGCAAAUUCCUCGCUAGCCAGACCAUCGACUUCCUCCUUAGUAGCUCAAGGACUGUCGAUGCCACCAAAACGCUGUCGUUUUCAAGGGCAGAGGAUGUUCAGACUUUUCUAAGUGCUGCGAUCACCAACGAACAGACUUGUCUUGAAGGACUUAAAUCCACGGCUUCGGAAAAUGGUCUCUCCGGUGAUCUUUUCAACGAUACCAAACUCUAUGGGGUCUCUCUUGCCCUUUUUUCCAAAGGUUGGGUGCCAAGAAGGAAAAGAUCGAGACCGGUUUGGCAACCAAAAGGCAGCUUCAAAAAGUUUCUCGGAUUCCGUAACGGUAGAUUACCGUUAAAUAUGACGGGAAGGGCACGUGCCGUUUACAACAGCGUGACUACUGGGCCUGGGAGAAAGCUUCUCCAAGCUGAAGCAGACGCCGUUCUGGUGAGCGACAUUGUGACGGUGAACCAGGACGGGACGGGAAACUUCACGACCAUAAACGCAGCCGUUGCAGCCGCGCCUAAUAAAACAGACGGUACUAACGGUUAUUUCUUGAUCUACGUAACGGCGGGAUUGUACGAGGAAUACGUGGAGAUUCCCAAGUACAAGAGGUAUGUGAUGAUGAUCGGUGAUGGCAUUAACCAAACCGUUAUCACCGGCAACCGGAGCGUCGUUGAUGGCUGGACCACUUUCAAUUCCGCCACAUUUAUUCUAUCAGGAACAAACUUUAUUGGAGUGAACAUAACAAUCCGCAACACGGCAGGGCCGACAAAGGGUCAAGCCGUCGCAUUGAGGAGCGGUGGAGACUUCUCUGUCUUCUAUAGUUGCAGUUUUGAAGCGUAUCAAGACACUUUAUACACGCAUUCUCUUAGACAGUUUUAUCGUGAAUGCGAUGUUUAUGGCACCGUUGAUUUUAUAUUCGGUAACGCUGCAGUGGUGCUGCAGAACUGUAAUCUGUAUCCACGUCAGCCUCGCAAAGGUCAGUCCAACGAAGUUACAGCUCAAGGCCGUACCGAUCCGAACCAGAACACCGGAACGGCUAUCCAUGGGUGUACGAUUAGACCGGCGGAUGAUUUGGUUACGAGUAAUUAUACGGUCAAAACUUAUCUUGGUCGGCCUUGGAAGGAAUACUCGAGAACCGUCGUUAUGCAGACUUACAUCGAUGGUUUUCUUGAACCGACUGGUUGGAACGCGUGGACCGGCGAUUUUGCAUUGAGCACACUUUACUAUGCUGAAUACAAUAAUACCGGACCCGGUUCAAACACGACAAACCGAGUCACUUGGCCCGGUUAUCACGUCAUUAACGCUACUGAUGCUUCCAAUUUCACGGUCACAAAUUUCCUCGUUGGUGAGGGUUGGAUCGGACAAACCGGAGUGCCGUUCGUUGGUGGAUUAAUUGCAUAACUAUAUUAAUUAAUUCCUUUAAGUUAACAUCUCACUAUGUUAGUUAAUAAUAUCAUAUUCAUGUUGUUCUUUACAUAUUUUAAAUAAUUUUUUAAAAAAUUAAAAUGAUUGUGAUUUUUGGGGU